UGGCGUUGUAGAGGCCAGAAUGCAACUACCGCGCCAUUUAAGGUGGAACGGAAAAGUUCGAAUAAGAAUGUGGCGAAUAAGGAAAAACGUAUUUCAGCUUCGAGAUACAGACUAAUUUUCACUCCGUUUUCACCCCGAAAGUGGCCUGGAAAGCUGGAUAUGUUAGUGCGGUUAAAGUUGAAGCGAUAAUUCGGUUAGUUUAGCACCGGAGCUACGAGGCUAAUGAGGCUAAUGUAGCUAACAAUGUGGCAGUGGGAGGGAGAUGACGGACAGUGGGAGCCGUACUCGUCCGCAGUGUGCGCCCAGUUGGACGCGGCGGUCAGGGCCGGGGAGAGCUCAGUGACCCUGCAGGUCGGCCCGGGAUAUGAGGUGGACCUCGUGAAGAUGACGCAGACUAACUCGGUGACCAAAUACCGCAGGAAGAUACGCUCACUCACCGUGAAGGCAGAGGAUAUGAACGGAGGUGAUGGGUCACAACUGACCAGCACUGCUUCCAUUAAAGAGGAGGAAGAAGAGGAAGAGGAGGCUCCUGCUGCGAAGAAGAGACGUGGACGAGGGAAAAGCCAGAAAGAGGACAAAGCCAAACCCAGCGAGGAAACAGCCAGUAAAGAGGUGGUGAAGACGGUGGUGAUGAAGGGGAAAGCCCCGGUGGAUUCAGAGUGCAAGGCCAAAGAGGGAAAGGCGUUCGUCUACAGUGAGGGCAACGACAUCUAUGACGUGAUGCUGAACCAGACGAACCUCCAGUUCAACAACAACAAGUACUACCUGAUCCAGCUGCUCCAGGACAACAACGCUAAAGCCUACAGCGUGUGGAUGCGGUGGGGGAGAGUGGGAAAAGUUGGACAGAACAGUUUGGUGUCCUGCGGAGGCGACCUCGCUCGUGCCAAAGACGUCUUCAAGAAGAAGUUCUUUGAUAAGACCAAGAAUGAGUGGGAAGGUCGUGGAAACUUUGAGAAAGUUUCUGGAAAAUAUGACCUGGUGUUCAUGGACUACAGCAGCAACGACAAAGAGGAAGAUGCCGCUGCCGUGUCCACUCCUGUCCAGAAGAAGCCGUCCCAGCUGGACAUCAAAGUGCAGUCUCUCCUGGAGCUAAUCUGUGACAUCAAAGCCAUGGAGGAGUGCGUGCUCGAGAUGAAGUUCGACACCAAAAAGGCUCCUCUUGGGAAGCUGACGACAGAGCAGAUCCGAGCAGGUUACGCCUCUCUGAAGAGGAUUGAGGAGUGCGUGAAGAGGAAAGGCAGCAAUAAGGAGCUCCUCGAGGCCUGCAACCAGUUUUACACUCGAAUCCCCCACGACUUCGGUUUGCGGACGCCCCCUCUUAUCCGCACGGAGGAGGAGCUGAAGGAGAAAAUUGCACUGCUAGAGGCUCUGAGUGAUAUCCAGAUAGCAGUGAAGAUGGUGCAGUCGAGUUGCCAUGGUGAUGAGCAUCCUCUGGACAGGCAGUAUCGCUCUCUGAAGUGUGAGCUGCAGCCUCUGGUCUCCGACAGCCACGAGUUCCAGGUGAUUGAGAAGUAUCUUCAGUCCACUCACGCUCCCACCCACAGUGACUACACCAUGACCGUCCUGGACGUUUUCUCAGUGGACAGAGAAGGAGAGAAAGAUCAUUUUCUCUCUCAGCUGCACAACAGGACUUUGUUGUGGCAUGGAUCUCGUCUCUCUAACUGGGUGGGAAUCCUGAGUCAGGGUCUUCGAGUGGCCCCUCCUGAGGCACCUGUCACCGGCUACAUGUUCGGUAAGGGCAUUUAUUUUGCUGACAUGUCAUCUAAAAGUGCCAAUUACUGCUUCACCAAUCAGAAGAACAACAUUGGGCUGCUCUUGCUGAGUGAGGUCGCUCUUGGUGAUUGUAAUGAAUUAUUGGAUGCUAAUUAUGAUGCUGACAAACUGCCUUCUGGGAAGCACAGCACCAAAGGCCUCGGACAGACCGCUCCUGACCCCAAGAACUUCGUCACAUUGGAUGGUGCCACCGUGCCCAUGGGUCCUGGUGUAAAGACUGGCGUGGGUCAGGGUGGAGGAUACUCGCUCCUCUAUAACGAGUUUGUGGUGUACAAUCCAGCUCAAACCCGCAUGAGAUACCUGCUCAGAGUCCGCUUCAACUACUCCUCGCUGUGGUGAGGUUAGUUGGCCUAGCUUUGCAGAAACGCGGAUGAAGGAUGAAGGACUGGCCUGUUUCUCCUCUAAAUAAUUGUACUGACUCUUGAAUGUAGAGUGGGAUGAAUUCUGACAGACUCCGUAUUGUGGUAUCAGUAGUUGGACCUUUGGACACAUUGUGAUCUGCUUUUGGUCAUGUUAAUGCUACUUUUUUUACUUUCACUUUUUCAGGUUUGUUAUUGCAUGUUUGUGAGUUAGUUUUGUAACUGUAUAUUAAACCCUUUGAAAACAUCAUAGUUACACAUAAACAUU